UCUCCUUCCACCAGAGGGCGCUGAGCUCCAGGCCGUGUAGUCGAUCCCUGUUGUGUAAAGAGUCGAUUGCCGAGUCACGGAUCGAGGUUGCUUAACGUGCGUUGCAAGGACAACAGUCGUGGGCAGCAUGAGUAUAAGACGCAGCUCAGUGAGGCGAUGACUGAAACUUUACUAUGCCUCUCACACCCUCACGUUUACUUCACGUUAUCAGCUGUUUGUGGAGUUUGAGCUGCGUGUAGCUGAGCUGUGGAAGCUAACAGCUAAGUGGAGUCGCUAGCUUCUGUGGAGUAACCUCUGUUUGUGACAAGUGGAGUGGACUGCAGCCACCUGGGAAUAAAGCUGCAGAGAUGGGUUUCAUUCAGAGCUUCUGUGAGGCCAACUCCUCCAUCUCCCACACCUGGGUGGAUGAGGGCAUCUCCCCCUGCUUCUACUUCACCCUGGUCCCCUCCAUCCUCCUCACCCUUGCCUUCUUCCUCGGCACCAUUCACUGCAUCUUCUACCAGAAAUAUGGAACAGCGAUGGAGCCAAAAUUCAUCCCUCGCUCCCGUCUGUACGGCCUCCAGCAGGCCAUCUCCGUCCUCCUCCUGCUGCAGUUCCUGGGCGGGAUGGUGUGGCGGGCUGCGAGCGGAGCAGAGCUCCCGGGUUACGUGGUUCUGUACGGCUGCUUCUCGGCACUGGGCUGGGUUUGGGCUAUAGCUCUGCUGAGGACGGAGAGGCGCAGGGUCCUGGUGAUGGACCGGACACGGGGCCACAGCACGGCUCUGCUGCUGUUCUGGGCCGUGGCUUUCUCGGCGGAGAACCUUGCCUUCGUCUCUUGGUACAGCCCUCACUGGUGGUGGGGUCUGGAGGACAAUCAGCAGCAGGUGCAGUUCGCUCUCUGGCUGAUGCGCUACAUCGGCACCGGACUCCUCUUCUUCAUCGGUCUGAAAGCUCCCGGUUUGCCUCGGAGGCCGUACAUGCUGCUGAUAAACGAGGACGAGCGGGACGUGGAACACAGCGCACAGAGUCUUUUAGGCGGAACGGAGGAGAACUUGUCUACAUGGCAGGGCUUCAGGAAGAAGGUCCGCCUGCUAGUUCCGUACAUGUGGCCCAGGGGGAACUACCUGCUCCAGGUGCUGGUCCUGUUCUGUUUGGGUCUGCUGGGAGUCGAGAGAGUGAUCAACGUCUUUGUUCCCAUUUUCUACAAGAACAUUGUGAAUGAACUGACCGAUGGCAGCAGCUGGCACGCUCUGGCUACGACUGUGUGCAUGUAUGUCCUGCUCAAGUUCUUCCAGGGUGGCGGAGCAGGCGCCUCAGGGUUUGUCAGCAACCUGCGCUCCUUCCUGUGGAUUCGCGUGCAGCAGUACACCAACCGUGUGGUUCAGGUGCGUCUCUUCGGCCACCUGCACGCCCUCUCCCUGCGCUGGCAUCUCGGCCGCAAGACGGGGGACGUGCUGAGGAGCAUUGACCGCGGGACCUCGUCCAUCAACAGCCUGCUCAGCUACAUCGUGUUCAGCAUCUUCCCCACCAUCGCAGACAUCGUCAUCUCCAUCAUCUACUUCAUCACGUAUUUCAACGCCUGGUUCGGCCUCAUCGUCUUCGUCUGCAUGGCGCUGUACCUUACUCUCACCAUCAUCAUCACUGAGUGGAGGACAAAGUACAGGCGGGACAUGAACCAGCAGGACAACAACGCCAAAUCCAAAGCGGUGGACUCGUUGCUGAACUUUGAGACGGUGAAAUACUACAACGCAGAGAGUUAUGAAGUGAGCCGAUUCGAGGGCGCCAUCUUGAAAUAUCAGGUGUCGGAGUGGAAGACCCAAGCAUCCCUGGCCUUCCUGAACCAGACACAGAACCUCAUCAUCGGGUCAGGUCUGCUGGCCGGGUCGCUGCUGUGUGCUUACUUUGUGACUGAGGGAAAGUUUCAGGUUGGAGAUUUUGUUCUCUUUGGGACCUACAUCAUCCAGCUGUACACCCCCCUCAACUGGUUCGGCACCUACUACAGAAUGAUCCAGAACUCCUUCAUCGACAUGGAGAGCAUGUUCAAACUCUUUGAAGAAGAGGAGGAGGUGAAGGAUGUCGUCAACGCAGGAAACUUUCUCUACAAGCUUGGAAAAGUGGAGUUUGAGAACGUUUACUUCAGCUACACAGACGGCAAAGUGAUUCUUCAGGAUGUCUCCUUCACCGUGCUUCCAGGACAGACGGUCGCCCUGGUUGGUCCGUCAGGCUCAGGGAAGAGCACCAUCGUUCGUCUCCUCUUCCGCUUCUACGACGUCCAGGGAGGCUCCAUCAGCAUCGAUGGACAGGAUAUAUCCAAAGUGAAGCAGAUGUCGCUUCGAGCUCACAUCGGCGUGGUUCCUCAGGACACCGUGCUCUUCAACGACACCAUCCGCGACAACAUCCGCUACGGUCGCAUCUCCGCCAGCGACCAGGAGGUGGAGGAGGCCGCUUUAGCUGCUGACAUCCACGACAAGAUCAUGACCUUCCCUGAAGGUUAUGAUACACAGGUGGGAGAAAGAGGUCUGAAGCUGAGUGGAGGAGAGAAGCAGAGAGUGGCCAUCGCAAGAACAAUCCUCAAAGCUCCUCAGAUCGUCCUGCUGGAUGAGGCUACAUCCGCACUGGACACGCAGACAGAACGCAACAUCCAGGCCUCGCUUUCUAAAGUCUGUGCAAACCGUACAACAGUUGUUGUAGCUCACAGGUUGUCUACGAUAAUCGGCGCAGACCAGAUCCUAGUGAUCAGCGAUGGUCGCAUUGCAGAGCGAGGACGACACGAGGAGCUGCUCCUGAAGGGAGGCUUGUAUGCAGACAUGUGGAUGAAGCAGCAGCAGGCUCAGGACUCUGACUCCUCUGACACUGAAUCCAAAGACCGCAAGUCUGAGAAGCUGCAGCCGCCGUCCACGUCCUCAGACCAGCACGGACACUGAAUGUAACAUUUGUGUUGUUUCUUUAACUGAGUCCUCUCUUAGCUGUAAAAAGUUUAGGAAUGAUUUUAGAAAACUCAGACAGUGUUAUUUAUUUUUUAGAAUCAUGAACGUGCAAUGGGAAGUUGGGGGAAAGACGAGGAUGUGCCUUCAUCUGGGCGAGCUUUCAGGAUUUUAAAACGCACUUCUGCCAAAUCAACGUUUGUUCGUCUUCGCUUGGAAAAAGCAUUUUCUUUUAUUGGUGUCGUUUUAAAAAUCUGAGCUGAUUAAGUUAUUUAAAGAUACAUAAGGGAGAGUUAAAGCACUAAGAGUAUAAAAAACAACUUUAAUCACAGUCUGAUAUUCUGAUAUAUUGCAUACUUUAUUCAGUUAUACAUGUUUGUAGUCAUUUACAUGCUCGGCUGUUAUUUAAAGAGAUCCUUUUAUAUGUGGAAGUGUUUUACAAUCACAAAAUUAAGGAGUCUCACUCGUCUGAUUAAUGCAUCUUCUUAACUGUUGAAGGAAGGUGAUUAAAAAUGCAAAGUUCAGGUAAAUGCUGCAGUCGUGAUGUUUGAAACACUGUUAAAGUCUAGCGUUACAUAUAUAAGUUGUGCAAUCAACGCCUCUUGGUGGCGUUGAUGUUUUUUCUGGGUUAAUAAAUCUAUCUUCAAUGUAACGAUGAUACACUAGUACACAGAGCCAUAUACUUGAUCUCUGAACAAGAAUUAUCCUUCUGUUUGAUUUUGUAUUUCUACCUCACAGAGCUGUGAGUCAUAAAUAUUGCAUUUGUACAUACUCUGUUUGUUUCUCAUGAGAAAUAAAAGAUUUUGGUUUUGUA